UCGGAUCCUGUCGCUAAACGUGCCUCGGCUAGACGCCCUCAUGCUAUGUAAUCUCCAAUUGCGCAGCAUCGAACUUUCGUCCGAUCUUGGUUUUUUACGAGCACACUUUACUCCGUUGAUUACGAUGCGCUUUGCUCAUCGACCAGGGCCAAAAUCUUCCAGAACAUGUAUGUCGACCAUCCGGCCACAAUUAAGCCGGGCCCCGAGACCACGAUACUCAUCCUUGCUCAGGCCAGACACAUGUUUUGUAAUCUUACAAAUCGAGUAAACCUUCAGCGCGCCACAAGUUCGCAGCGAGAAGAAAGCAAUAUGAAAACUGUCGCCACUCCACGAGCUCAGUCUUGAUACUAUCCGCGAAAUUGCCUUUUUGUUUGUUUGGAUGGUAGUAGAAAGCCGCGCGCGAGUCAUUAUGAGCGCCGUAAACCAGCUCCCACCCAACCCGGUCGAUUCGAACGCUGCUUUCCUGGGCAUGGGCAAAGUGCCCAGUCGCUUUCGUAAUCAUAUUCCCUCGCCACAGUUCCCUGCGGAGCCGGACCGAUACGUGUUGUAUGUCAAUUAUGUGUGUCCUUGGGCCCACCGUGCCAUCAUAACCCAUGCGCUCAAAGGACUUGGAGAUGUAGUUCAAAUAGUCGAGGCCGAUUCGAGAGAUCCAACACAUGGAUGGUACUUUUCUGGGCGCAGGGGUCCUGACCGUGACCCAAUAUACGGGUUUCGAUGGCUAAAAGAGUUGUACUUGAAGGCAGAUCAAAGUUAUAGUGGAAGGAUAACUGUACCGAUGCUGUUUGACAAAAAACAAGGAACCGUGGUAAACAACGAAAGCAGUGAAAUCGUGCGCAUGUUCUUCUCAGCCUUCGAUCACCUCCUACCCCCCGAAAAGCGCGAAAUCAACAAAGGAAUCACCGCCUUCGUCCCCAACCACCUCCGAAGCGAAAUCGACACACUAAACAACUUCAUAUACGAAAAUAUCAACAACGGAGUCUACAAAGCCGGAUUCGCCACCUCGCAAGCCGCCUAUGAAGAAAACGUCAUGAAACUGUUCAACGGCUUGGACCGUUUGGAACUCCAUCUCUCGGAACCAGCCCAUCACCCGUUUCUGUUUGGCAAUUACAUCACCGAGACUGAUAUCCGUUUGUUCACGACCAUGGUCCGCUUCGAUGUGGCGUACUAUUGCCUUUUCAAGUGCAACUUGAAGAUGAUACGGUUCGACUAUCCGCGCCUCCACGAGUGGCUUAGGCGCCUGUAUUGGAGCGAGGGCCCGGAAACCAACGGUGGCGCUUUCAAGAAAACGACUUACUUUGAGGAGAUCAAAAGGGGAUACGCUUCAGUGGCGGGAGGGAACGGUAUGGUACCGAUUGGACCUGUUCCGUACAUGAUGCCUCUUUGA